AUGCCGGUUUCAGUCGUGCACGGCACCUCCGGUGCUGUUAUACACGCUCCUGGAAAACCCUUGAUGAACCAUACCAUCAACUUUUAUACCAACUUGGUGGGCUUCUUGGUCAAGUCAGAGCAGGCUUCGUCUGCAGUGUUGCUUGCCCAUGACAAACACACCACGUUAAGAAUUGAGGUUUCUGAUCAGAAAACUGAAGACGAAAUCGACGAUUUGAGGAAGCAUUGGUCAGAGCUGCACCCUGUGGCUGACUGGAGAUCCCAGCUGUCCCACUUGACCUUUGCAGUGACCAACUUGAACGAAUUGGUGUCUACGCUCAUUGGUCUGGAUGUUGCUUGCCAGUUGUACCCUAACGAGUUGUACCCAAGUGAGGUUUACACUGUGGAUCCAUUGGGAAACUUGGUGGGCUUCACCAGUGCAUCCAAUGCCUUGAGCUUGUUACCUCCAGUGAAUAAGUUGACCAUUGAAGACCACGAGCCUACUAUCAUGAGCUCUGCGGCUUCGGAAGUGUCCAGAAUUGUUGAUACUGAUGCUCCUUCUCUGAGAAAUAUUGCUGUGAUGACUUCGGGCGGUGAUGCUCCAGGUAUGAAUGCCUGUGUGCGUGCUGUGGUCCGUGCUGCCAUCUACAGAGGCUGCAAGCCUUUUGCAGUUAUGGAAGGCUACGAAGGUCUUGUUAGGGGCGGUGCUGACUACAUCAAAGAGAUGCACUGGCAAGAUGUUAGAGGAUACUUGACCGAAGGUGGUACCAAGAUCGGUACUGCCAGAUGCAUGGCUUUCAAGGAAAGACCAGGCCGUUUGAAGGCUUGUAAGAAUAUGAUUGAAGCUGGAAUUGAUGCCCUCAUUGUUUGUGGUGGUGACGGUUCUUUGACAGGUGCUGAUUUGUUUAGAUCCGAAUGGCCUUCCUUGAUCCAAGAGUUAUUGGAUGACGGUUCUAUCACCGACGAGCAAUACGAAAGACACAAGCAUUUGAACAUUUGUGGUACUGUGGGCUCCAUUGAUAACGAUAUGGCCACCACUGACGCCACUAUUGGUGCUUACUCUGCAUUGGACAGAAUUUGCAAGGCUAUUGACUAUAUUGAUGCUACCGCAAACUCUCACUCCAGAGCCUUUGUCAUUGAGGUCAUGGGUCGUCAUUGCGGUUGGUUGGCAUUGAUGGCUGGUAUUGCUACCUCUGCUGACUACAUUUUCAUUCCUGAGAAGCCCUCUUCAUCCAAAGACUGGCAAAGUCAAAUGUGCCAGAUUGUUGGAAAGCACAGAGAGAAGGGUAAGAGAAAGACCAUCAUCAUUAUGGCAGAAGGUGCCAUCACAAGCGACCUUGAACCCAUUACUGCCAAUCAGGUCAAAGAUGUAUUGUCCGACAAGUUGGGCUUGGACACCAGAGUUACUACUUUGGGCCACGUCCAAAGAGGUGGUAACGCUGUUGCAUAUGACCGUAUCGUGGCCACUUUCCAAGGUGUCGAGGCAGUCAAGGCUGUCUUGGAGUCUACUCCAGACACUCCAUCUCCAUUGAUUGGUAUCAAAGAAAACAAGGUUGUCAGAUUGUCUCUUGUUGAAGCUGUCAAGGUUACCAAAUCUGUUGCUGCAGCCAUCGAGAAGCACGAUUUUGCCGAAGCUAUGAAAUUGAGAGACUCAGAGUUUGUUGAACAUUUGCUGGACUUUAUGGCAAUCAAUUCCGCUAACCACGAGAAGCCAAGUCUUCCCGAGGAGAAGAGAAAGAGAAUUGCCAUCAUUAAUGUUGGUGCUCCUGCUGGUGGUAUGAACAGUGCGGUUUAUGCCAUGGCCACUUACUGUAUGUCUAGAGGUCACACCCCAUAUGCUAUUCAUAAUGGUUUCUCUGGUUUGGCCAGACACGAAUCUGUUCGCUCCAUCGACUGGUUGUCUAUUGAAGGUUGGACCUCCCAAGGUGGAUGUGAAAUUGGUACCAACAGAAACACGCCCGAAGGCACCGAUUUGGGAUUGAUUGCAUACUACUUUGAGAAGUACAAGUUCGACGGUUUGAUUCUCGUUGGUGGAUUUGAAGCAUUCGUUUCUUUGGAGCAGUUGGAGAAGGCUCGUCCAAUGUACCCUGCUUUCCGUAUACCCAUGGUGCUUAUCCCAGCAACCAUCUCGAACAACGUGCCAGGAACCGAUUACUCGCUUGGGUCCGACACUUGUUUGAACUCGUUGAUGGACUACUGUGACGUUGUCAAGCAAUCUGCCUCCGCCACAAGAGACCGUGCUUUCGUCAUCGAUGUGCAAGGAGGAAACUCGGGCUACAUUGCUACAUUUGCAUCCUUAGCUUGUGGUGCCCAAGCUUCGUACGUUCCCGAAGAGGGCAUUGAUUUGGCUCAAUUGGAGCUUGAUAUCAAGUCCUUGAAGGAAUCCUUCACAGCAGAGCAUGGUCUUUCCAGAACCGGUAAGCUAUUAUUAAAGAGCACAAACGCUUCGAAGGUUUUGACUACACAAGUGUUGGCAGAAAUCAUGAAGCUGGAGUCUGACGGUGUUUUCGACACCAAGACAGCCGUUCCAGGCCAUGUCCAACAAGGUGGUUUACCAUCACCAGUUGACAGAACCAGAGCCACGAGAUUUGCAGUCAAGGCGGUCCAGUUCAUCGAGGACAAGUCGGGUCGCAUUGACAAGUGCAGAGACGAGAUCGACUUCCCUAUAGACGACAAGGAAUUGUCUGAAACAGCCGCCGUGCUAGGUAUAGUCUCGUCGCACUUACGCUUCACCGGCAUCAGACAAUUGUACGACUUUGAAACGGAGGUCGGCAGAAGAAUGCCCAAGAGGAUUCACUGGGCCAAGGUCAGAGAAAUCUGUGACCACUUGGUCGGCAGAACGAAGAUUGCCAAGGCAUAG